AUGGACAAUAUCAUCAAGUUGGAUAUAUUAGAGGAGCCUCCACGUUGUUUCAGUUCACUUAAUACAUCAUGCAUAAAGUUAGCUUAUCCUUUGGAAAUCAGACUUUUUCUCUACAUCCUCUUUAGCAUUUCUUGUCUUAUCACUGUGUUUGGAAACCUCCUUGUGAUUAUAACUGUUUUACAUUUCAGACAAUUACACACAUCAACUAAUUAUCUCAUUCUCUCUCUGGCUGUCGCUGAUCUGCUUGUAGGAGGAGUAGUGAUGCCUCCUAGCAUGAUACGCUCUGUGGAAACUUGCUGGUAUUUAGGAAGUACAUUUUGUAAAAUACACAGCAGUUUGGAUGUCACUGUAUGCACUGCAUCCGUUAUAAACCUGUGUAUUAUUUCUUUGGACAGAUAUUAUGCUGUAUGUCAUCCACUUUUGUACCACAGUAAAAUGACUCCUAGUACCAUUAGAUUCAUGAUUGUAGUGUGCUGGGGUAUUUCUGCAUUUGUUGGGUUUGGAAUGAUAUUUUUGGAGCUUAACAUUCUUGGAAAUGAAAAGUUUUAUUACAGUAAUGUCCAUUGUGAAGGUGCAUGUAUGGUUUUUCAAACUAAAGUGGCAGCAAUUGUGUUUCCAAUGUUUUCCUUUUAUAUGCCUGCAGUAAUCAUGCUUUGUGUGUAUAUAAAAAUCUUACGCACUGCACAAAGACAAGCUCGUGCAAUUCAAUCUACAAAUGCACAGUCAAAAAAAGCUGAUGAAAAAUCCAGUAUGAGCAAAUCAGAAAGGAAGGCAACAAAAACAUUGGCCAUAAUUGUGGGAGUUUUUCUUACUUCCUGGGUGCCAUUCUAUGUCUGUAACUGCGUAGAUCCAUUUGCAGGAUAUUCAGUUCCUCCAGUUGUGUUUGAUAUUUUCCUUUGGAUUGGAUAUUUUAAUUCAACAUUCAAUCCAAUAGUCUAUGCUUUUUUCUACAGCUGGUUUAGACACGCUUUCAGAGUCAUUUUAUCUGGGGAAAUAUUUCAGGCCAAUUCAUCCCACACUCGAUUGUUUUGA